UCCCGUGGCGUGGCAGGAAUAGUUCCGAUCAGUUUCCGUUUGGAAUCGCUCGCGGUCGGUCGAUGGUUCGGUGUUUUGAUACUGUUGGCCAGUUCAUUUGAUGAAGUGAGGAUAUAUGUGAAACCGUUGCUUCUAGUUGAAAGUUCUUAAUCCCACGAGGAGUACCGCGCGCAUGGUGGGUGGUUGAUUAAAGUGAUGCCGUGAGCACCUUCUUCAAGAAUUUAUGAAUGAGUCUUUAGGUGAAAGAAAAGGCCUGCGACUGUGAUAACGAGUUGCAUCACUUAUCACUUGCGCGCAUAGAAUUCAUGCUGUGUGGCCGGCCAAAGUGUUUUCAUUGUAUCAUGCUUAUUGAGGAUUUUGCAUAAUUUUACGUAAACUUUACAUCGACAUUGAGCCAAAUUGGUGCUGCUGGUGGUUGCGAAAAGUGAUAAUUUAAAUGAGACACUGCGACGCACGGUGACGGGCAAGGUAAUUUAUAAUAAUUGAAACAUUUUCUUGUGCGGGCCCUUCUGCUUCUCUGAUGCUUGGGUGCAGGUCUUCGGAACAUGGAUGCACCACUGCUUAUUUCACGGAGGACGGAGGAUUAAAACGUUCCACAACUAACUUCUCUGAGGGUUAUUCUUUCGGUUUAUCGUCUGGUGCAGUGUGAUAAUGAGGUGUUGACAGAAUUUGAAACUUCUAUCGCAUAUCUACGUCGCGUCGCCAAACAUACCAUAGACAAAAUCGUACGCAGCAAGGAAUUACAUAAAAAAUUCGGAACUCCGCCACACCUGAUCGGAAUCGUAAAAUCGAAAGCGCAAUCCACAGAAGGUACAUAUGUCUUCUACCAGUUUGGCGGGCAUAGUGGAGAACGGCGGCCAGACAUCGUCGCUGGCCACGACUCCGACAGCUGCGGCAGUGACCUUGACGGAAUCGGCCUCCCGGAUGACCGCAGUCACGACCACGACUGGCGGUGGCAGUAUGGUUAGUGUUGAGGAGGCGGCGGCGGCGGCGGCCGAUCGAAAAACUGACGGCGCAUUGGAACAUCCCGCCGAUGUCUAUCAUUGUGGAUGGUUUUCGUUUCGACCUCGAUGGAUUCAAACCUUUAUGACUCCCAAAUGGGCUCUGUUUUGGCUGUGCUGGGCGGGUGCUGUUCAGGGAUUAAUCGUCAAUGGAUUCAUCAACGUCGUCAUCACGACAAUCGAGCGGCGCUUCGGACUUCGAUCGACCCAAACGGGACUGGUCGCAAGCGGGUAUGAUAUUGCCUCCUUCCUGUGUUUGGUUCCGGUGUCGUACUUCGGAGGUCGUCUAGGAGCCUCCAAGCCUCGAUGGAUCGGCUGGGGUGUUGCGGUGAUGGGGCUGGGGGCGUUUGUGUUUGCUUUGCCCCACUUUUUGGUGGGUCAAUACCGGGCUACCAAUUCGGAACCGAACGUUUGUCUGGUCCCUGCCGAGAGUGCCGCCCUGGGAAUGGCCAUCAAUGAUACCUCAGCAGCUGCUGCCCGUCUGCUGGCCGGGGAGAUAUGCACCUCACUGGAUGAAUCGUCGUAUGGUGGUGCUCCGGAAAGCUCGGAAAAUCUUUCCUGGAAUGUGUGGUUCUUUUUUACCGCUCAACUGUUGCUCGGAGCAGGUGCCUCGCCGCUUUACACCCUCGGGGUAACCUUCAUCGAUGAGAAUGUCUCCAAGAAGAUGUCGUCCGUGUAUCUGGGAAUUUACUACACAAUGGCCGUCGUAGGUCCAGCUGCCGGUUAUGUGAUUGGUGGCCAGCUGCUGCUAUUUUAUACUGACAUGUUCGUGGUGGAUUCCUCGGUCUUGGGACUAACGCCGCACAGCAAGGUGUGGGUCGGUGCCUGGUGGAUUGGAUUCGUUUUUAUGGCUGCCUUCUGCCUGCUGCUGGCGAUUCCGAUACUGGCCUAUCCCCGAACCCUGCCGGGAUCGGAAAAGUUGGAAAAAGUCUCGGAAGCCCACAAAGGUGAUACCGAUGCGGAGGGACAAAAGGCCUUCACCAAGAUACGGGAAAUUCCGGUUGCCCUGGCGGCGCUGCUCAAGAACCCCACUUUCUUUUUUCUAAAUCUGGCCGGUGCAUCGGAGGGUUUGGUCAUCUCCGGAUUUGCCGUUUUCCUGCCGAAGCUGAUCGAAAAUCAGUUCAGCGUGACGGCCGUCUGGUCGGCGUUGCUGAUGGGAAUCAUUACGGUCCCAGCUGGUGGUGGAGGAACUUUCCUAGGAGGCUACCUGGUCAAGAAACUGAACCUGUCUUGUUCGGGGAUAAUCCGCUUCUGCUUAUUUGCAACGGUGUUCGCAGCGCUGUUUACGACUUGUUUCUUCCUGUCUUGUCCGAAUCUCACUUUCGCUGGAGUCACCGCACCGUACUUUCCCCAGGAAAAUCUACGCACCCCGGACGCCCGCUCGACGGAACCAUUCGCCCUGCUGAAAACGCUGGAAAACUCGUGUAACAACAAAUGUUCGUGCAGCAAAAUGAACUACGAGCCGAUCUGCGGCGCCGAUGGGGUAAUGUACUAUUCCCCUUGCCAUGCUGGAUGUGGGGAAGAAGUGAACCUGGAGAAUGCCAAAGUCUAUCGGGAGUGCUCCUGCAUCAAUGGGACGUUCGGUUCGGAUGAACCGUUCCGAAGUUUCGAGGCGGUGAACACGAUGUGCGAAUCGCAAUGCAACCACCUGUGGAUUUUCGUUGCUCUGUGUUUUUUGGUGAUGUUUUUCACUUUCCUCGCUACGAUGCCGGCUCUUUCGGCCACGUUGCGAUGCGUUCACGAUGAUCAACGGUCUUUUGCGCUCGGCAUUCAGUGGAUAAAGGUGCGGGUGUUGGGGACGAUUCCGGCACCGAUGAUAUUUGGCCGGCUCAUUGACGAAACGUGUAUCCUGUGGCAGGAAUCGCUGUGCGAAGAUCAUGGAGCUUGUUUGGUGUAUGACAACGCUUUUAUGAGCAAAUACAUGCUCCUGUUGGCGCUCAUAGGAAAAGCAUGUUCCAUCCUCUUCUUUUUCGGAGCCUGGUUCUACUACAUCCCACCGAAAACGAUGAGCAACGGAAGUGGUGCCGGCGGAAACGGAAAAACGCCCGAAGUUCAGCUCGAGCACCCGAAGCAACAGAUGAACGGGGAAAGCGUUCACUGCCACGUGGAAAAAUACUAAACGACACGGAUGAACGGAUGAGUCCGAACAUUUCUCAAGCGAAUAAACUCAACAACAACAACAACAACACAUGAAACUAGUCACCUCUCCUCCAGACUCAGACUCAGAUUUUUGAGCGGAAAACAAUAACAAAUAACUGUGUAUGGCUAUAUUAUAAUAUAACGCAAAACUAACAAUUAUAUAAUGUAGAUUCCAUGGCUCCAAUCAUUCCAAUCAUUAGCUGGUAGGGUUUACGUUUUUGCGUGACACAAUUUUAUACCAAAAAUUUUGAGGAAAUUUGUAGACCGCAAAUCCACCUGUUGUCAAGCAACAGAAACAGUUUAGUGUAUCUCUAAGUAAAAUAUUGUUUAUGUUAUUGUAGUUAUAUUAUUCGAAGAUGAACAAUUAAUUUCGAUUUAUUAUUGUUUGCAGAACCGACUGAAAGCUUUAAUUUAUUGUAUGUAAUGAUAAACCGGUGAAAAAUUGUAUCGUGUGCUCAUAUAAUGUUAGUGUUAAAAUAUUUGUUUAACUGUCAUACUCCUGUGCAGCUCAAAUACAUUUCGUUAAACAUUUCAAUUAAAAUUUACCGCUC